GAGGAGACGGGUCUGCCCGACGCCCUCCGGAAGCCAGAGCGACCGAGGCUGAAGGCAGGAGGGGUGCGGGGACACCGGUUGUGUCCCCCCGGGCCCUCACUCGGGGUUGUGCCCUGGCAGAACGUCCUGGCCGGAGCCCUCUUUGGGCCGUGGACUGGGCUGGUGCUGUGCUCAGCCCUGACGUCUGUGGGAGCGACCUGCUGCUACCUGCUCUCUGGAGCCUUCGGAAAGCAGUUCGUCGUCCGCUACUUUCCUGAUAAAGUGGCUCUGCUGCAAAGAAAGGUAGAAGAGAACAGGAGCUGCUUAUUUUUCUUCUUGUUGUUCCUGAGGCUGUUCCCUAUGACACCAAACUGGUUUCUGAAUCUCUCAGCUCCCAUUUUAAACAUCCCUGUGUCCCAGUUCUUCUUCUCCGUUCUCAUCGGUCUUACACCAUAUAAUUUCAUCUGUGUGCAGACAGGAGCCAUUCUGUCACAAAUCACCUCUUUGGAUGCCAUUUUCUCCUGGGACACGCUGCUCAAACUGCUUGCCAUGGCUGUGGCAGCAUUGAUACCAGGGACCCUCAUCAAGAAAUACAGCAAGAAGCACUUGAAGCUGGAUGAAGACAACCACGCUCAGUUACUGAAUGGCAAAAAGAGCUUGUGAUGGCUCAGGUGCCCCAGAUGUUGGGGGGCUGCCUUGCAAAAGCUGCAGGUCUCUGUUCCUGUAGAUUAUAUUCUGCAUGCUCUGUGCCACUAUGGACCAAGGCAACUGCAGUUUUUAAUUGUUCUUCUCGUCUAAGAGGAGGUGUAAGGUUCUUAUUUUUGAUGAAUGUUUAACUGUGCAUGUGCACGGAGAGUGCUAUACAGGGGCUUUGUG